CUCCUAUUGAUUGCCCUUCGGUGCCAGCUCUACGAUACACUGACAUCCAUGCGGAUCCACCUACCUUCCUCGGUUGCAUUCAUAUUAUCAUAUAUGAAUAGGACAUGAUCGUUGAAUCUUCCUUCAAUGGUUCCAACUACCAGCUAUGCUAGCUCAUUCCUUCGGUAUGGGUUGUCCCGCCGGUUUAGCCUGCGCCGGCGCUUCCUCCAGGGUCUGUUACUUUGUAUGGUGACCUGGACGAUACUGGAAACCCUUUAUAUCCAUCAUCAGGCUUCUACUGUGGAUGUGGCCAAGGACCACCUGUCACCUCGACCCGAGCGGCUGUUCAUCGCGAGCAUGCACUGGAACAACGAACCAAUCCUGCGAAGCCAUUGGAAUGAUGCGGUGAUAAAUCUAGCAAAAACUUUUGGACCAGAUAAUGUUUUUGUGAGCGUCUACGAGAGUGGGAGUUGGGAUGAUUCCAAGGGGGCUCUCCGCGACCUUGACGCUGGGUUGGACCAACUUGGCGUGCGGCGCAACAUCACCCUAUCAGACACGACACAUCAGGAUGAGCUAUCCGCUCGUCCUCGAGAAGGCUGGAUCGAUACACCUCGCCAAAAGAAGGAACUCAGACGCAUUCCUUAUCUUGCACGGCUACGCAAUCUGACCUUGCAACCACUGGAAGACCUGUCGCAGCAAGGCAUCACAUUUGACAAAGUGCUGUUCCUGAAUGAUGUGGUCUUCACUGUGGAUGAUGUUAUCCGGUUACUCGAUACAAAUGACGGUGUCUACGCUGCCGCUUGCUCGCUGGACUUUUCUAAACCGCCGCUCUAUUAUGACACAUUUGCCUUGCGCGAUUCGAACGGCGACGAGCAUGUAAUGCAGAAGUGGCCAUACUUCCGGUCUGCAGCAUCACGCAAUGCACUGCUUGCCCUGUCUCCUGUGCCUGUCAAGAGUUGCUGGAACGGAAUGGUUGCUAUGCCUAUAGAGCCUUUUGUUUCCACUCCUCCGCUACGGUUUCGCGCUAUCUCCGAUACCCUGGCGCUUUCACAUCUCGAGGGUUCUGAGUGCUGUUUGAUUCAUGCGGACAACCCUCUCUCCAAGCAAGACGGGGUUUACUUGAACCCUAAGGUUCGUGUCGGCUAUAACCCUGCCGCCUAUGAAGCUGUUCACCCUACAGGGGCCUGGUUAUCGCUGCAACAUGUGGCAUUAGCUCUUUGGGAGAACCGACUCCGACGCUGGUUUACAACCCCAUUUUUCAAAAAGCUGGUUGUCCGCAAGAGGAUUGCUGGAUGGCAUGAUGACCAUCCUGAUGAGCAAGAACCUGGUGACUUCUGUUUGAUCAAUGAGAUGCAGGUGCUUGUCUCUAAUGGUUGGGCACACGUCUGAGGCCAACUUCGUGGGUGUUCCUACAAUUGGGCGCUUCAACUUCCGAAGUCAGUAGAGAUUUAUUCUAAAAACCAACUUCAACACACGACCGCCUAUGUGUCCUGUUUCCAACCUCAUGAGGUUGGAAGGUCGAUGCCAAGAAGUAGGCACGAAUUGCUGAUAGAAAGGCUGGGAUUGCCCGGGCAAGUCGGAAAA